AGAUUCCUUUAACUUUAACCUGACGGUCACAAAUGGUGGACCCCCAGAUAUUGCGCCCAAUUCUCGUUCCUUUGACUAAGACCACGGAACUUUUGAUGCGCAGUCUCUUGUUUCUGAUCAAACCCUAGCACCUCCAAGCCAAACAAACCCCGAUCUCCGUCCCCGACUAUGGCUCCCAAACGCCCCUCGCCGUUGGAUGAGCCUCCGGCAGCGUCUUCCUCCGAAGAAGUAGAAACCUCAUCAGGCGAGGAAGAGGAAGGCGUUUCCAGAGACGGAUCUUCCUCUGAAGAAGAAGAAGAGGAUGAAGAAGAAACUCAAGCUCAGACUCAGAAACCGAAGAAACCUUCUUCUCUUCCUUCCACUCCUGUUGUCGAGAAGAAACCUGUACCUAAGAAAUCUGAACCUUCUACUAACUCUCAGGCUCAGUCUUCUUCCUCAGAGACCGGCUCCGGAUCCGACACCGAUUCGGAUACUGAGUCCGGACGAAACGUCAAGCCGAUUGCUUCUAAGCCGAUGGAAGAGACUCCGAAGGUGAAAAAGCCCAGAUCCAAGCCUUCUGCCUCAGCUACGCCUGCGAGACCGUCUUUGAAGAAGCCUAGUGAGACGACAAGAGAUGCAAAACGGCCAAAGAAGAGUUCUGACGCUGACGCUGAUGAUGGGGUUGUGGCGGAAGACGAUUCCAAGAAAUCUGUUGACGAGUCCAAGAAGCUGUUUCAGAGACUAUGGAGUGAGGACGACGAGAUUGCUAUACUGAACGGUAUGAUCGAUUAUUCAGCUGAGAAGGGUUCUGACCCAUCUUUGGAUAUGAAUGCAUUUCAUGAUUUCAUCAAGAAAUCUCUCCAUGUCGACGUAACCAAGGCCCAAUUAAUGGAUAAGAUACGUCGACUGAAGAAGAAAUAUAGGAACAAUGCAGAUAGAGGGAAGAAGGGUGCAGACCCAACGUUCUCAAAAGCCCACGAGCAGAAAGGGUUUGAACUGUCGAAGAGAAUAUGGGGCGGCGAAGGAAUUCUUCGAACUCCGGCUGUGGAGCAGCUCAAGCCAAAUGCUAAUGGCACUCCAAAGAAGAACCAAAGAGGUAACACCAGUAAGGCACUGGCUUCACUGAAAGCUGAUUUGCUUCCUUCUCCUGAUGCCCCGAAGGAGGAUGAUAGCAUGAAAGUCGAUGAUUGCGAGGCUCCUUCAGGUUGCAUGGAUGGUUUUGUUGCGUUUGAAAGGUCUUUGGGUGCUGUUGGUUUGCCGGAAAGUUUUUUGAAGCCAGGAUUAGAGUUAAUAGGGCAAUCCAAGAGAACAGAGCUGGAGGAAGAGUGGAAGAAAUUGCAUCUUGCAGAACUCGAGCUUUUUCUGAAGAGGACGGAGUUGAUUAGGGAUCAGACAAAGUUGAUACUGGACGCGUACAAGUCAUCUAGCAAGUAAAGAAUUGAAGUUUGGACAAGGGUAUAACUCAUCAGCUUCCAGGUUGAUAAUUGAGGGCUCAAUUUUAUUCAUGUUGUUCGUUGUUUCUGUCUAGGAUUUACUGAUUGUUAUACUUGUAGUUUGUCUAAUUUUACGAAUAUUCUUGAGACGCUAGGGUGAGUUACUACAGACUAUGUUUAAACAUCUACUUCUGUUGGUGAAUCUCUGCUAUAUGUAUUUUGUGUUUGUGUCAA